AAAUAUCCAUUGGGUGGCAGUAAUACUAUCCUCUUUAUGACUUGCAGCAAACCAGAGAAUGCAUUCAAUCAAAUGAACCGAUCUUGUAGAAACACUGGAAUCAUUUAUGCAUUGCAGUUUCUCUUUCUUGUUUUCGCUCCUUCUUCCUUGGGAUAUUUUGAGUGGAUUGUGGCUAUUAAUCAAGAUCUCGUGCUAUUCGUGUUUUGCUUGUCGUUUUCGCUCAGGAUUAGCAUCAUUCAAGGCAAGCGCAAAUCUGCUUUUCCCACCCCCUCGACUCUUUUUUGAAAAAUCAUUUUUGGGGGCUGAUGAAGAGAGCUAGGACCCAGGAGACACCUUCCCAAACAGCAGGGGUUGUGUGCUUUCACAUAGCAGUACUGUACAAGGAAAACCCCGUCGGAUCUGUUAUUGCGGGAUACUUGUGAAAUAUACAUAGGAUUCUUUCUUAUGGCUGCAUCCUGGAUCUGGAAAUUUUACUUGGGGACCAGGAGGAUUUGAAAGGCUACAUGUAUUCAGAAGAUUUGCAAGCAAGACUCCAAUUCUUGUCUUAGAGCUCACAGACUUCUCACUUACCGGCCUUUUUCCUUCCUUAUUUUUUAAAAAUUAUUUUUAUUUUCCCCUCUCUUUUUCUGCUCUCUCCUCUCUCAGUCUCUCCUUUUCUAUCUGCCUCUUCUUUUUUUCUCCUAGUCUGUUUUUUUUUCCUGCUCUGCACCUGGAUUGUAUCUUCAGCAAACAAUCGGGCACUUUGAGAACUAACUGGAGACAGUGUUGUAGGGAAGAUCUGUAUGGAAUUAUCUGCUUUUAUGGUGAACUUGGCAUUUGUGAAUGGGUAUCUUGUUCACAAUAUUAAUUGCUAGCAAAAACAAGAAAAAGAACACAGGAGUAAAACGUGGAUUUUUCUGAAUACGCAUUGUGAUGACCAGCAAUUACCUUACCGACUGAUAUCCAGAGGAGAAUAAUUUGGAAGACCGUUGUGGGGAAUAGCCUUUAAAAGCUGGAAGAUGAAAGCUCCGAUUCCACACUUGAUUCUCUUAUAUGCUACUUUUACCCAGAGUUUGAAGGUUGUGACCAAAAGAGGCUCCGCUGAUGGAUGCACCGAUUGGUCUAUUGAUAUCAAGAAAUAUCAAGUUUUGGUGGGAGAGCCUGUUCGAAUCAAAUGUGCACUCUUUUAUGGUUAUAUCAGAGCAAAUUACUCCCUUGCCCAAAGUGCUGGACUCAGUUUGAUGUGGUACAAAAGUUCUGGUCCUGGAGACUUUGAAGAGCCGAUAGCCUUUGAUGGAAGUAGAAUGAGCAAAGAAGAAGACUCCAUUUGGUUCCGGCCAACAUUGCUACAGGACAGCGGUCUCUACGCCUGUGUCAUCAGAAACUCCACUUACUGUAUGAAAGUAUCCAUCUCGCUGACAGUGGGUGAAAAUGACACUGGACUCUGCUAUAAUUCCAAGAUGAAGUAUUUUGAAAAAGCUGAACUUAGCAAAAGCAAGGAAAUUUCAUGUCGUGACAUAGAGGAUUUUUUACUACCAACCAGAGAACCCGAAAUCCUUUGGUAUAAGGAAUGCAGGACAAAAACAUGGAGGCCAAGUAUUGUAUUCAAAAGAGACACCUUACUUAUAAGAGAAGUCAGAGAAGAUGACAUUGGAAAUUACACCUGUGAAUUAAAAUAUGGAGGCUUUGUUGUGAGAAGAACUACUGAAUUAACUGUUACAGCCCCCCUGACUGAUAAGCCACCCAAGCUUUUGUAUCCUAUGGAAAGUAAACUGACAAUUCAGGAGACCCAGCUGGGUGACUCUGCUAAUCUAACAUGCAGAGCUUUCUUUGGAUACAGCGGAGAUGUCAGUCCUUUAAUUUACUGGAUGAAAGGAGAAAAGUUUAUUGAAGAUCUGGAUGAAAAUCGAGUUUGGGAAAGUGACAUUAGAAUUCUUAAGGAGCAUCUUGGGGAACAGGAAGUUUCCAUCUCAUUAAUUGUGGACUCAGUGGAAGAAGGUGACUUGGGAAAUUACUCCUGUUAUGUUGAAAAUGGAAAUGGACGUCGACACGCUAGUGUUCUCCUUCAUAAACGGGAGCUAAUGUACACAGUGGAACUUGCUGGAGGGCUUGGUGCCAUCCUCUUGCUGCUUGUAUGUUUGGUGACCAUCUACAAGUGUUACAAGAUAGAAAUCAUGCUCUUCUACAGGAAUCAUUUUGGAGCUGAAGAGUUGGAUGGAGACAAUAAAGAUUAUGAUGCAUACUUAUCAUACACCAAAGUGGAUCCUGACCAGUGGAAUCAAGAGACUGGGGAAGAAGAACGUUUUGCCCUUGAAAUCCUACCUGAUAUGCUUGAAAAGCAUUAUGGAUAUAAGUUGUUUAUUCCAGAUAGAGAUUUAAUCCCAACUGGAACAUACAUUGAAGAUGUGGCAAGAUGUGUAGAUCAAAGCAAGCGGCUGAUUAUUGUCAUGACCCCAAAUUACGUAGUUAGAAGAGGCUGGAGCAUCUUUGAGCUGGAAACCAGACUUCGAAAUAUGCUUGUGACUGGAGAAAUUAAAGUGAUACUAAUUGAAUGCAGUGAACUGAGAGGAAUUAUGAACUACCAGGAGGUGGAGGCCCUCAAGCACACCAUCAAGCUCCUGACGGUCAUUAAAUGGCACGGACCAAAAUGCAACAAGUUGAACUCUAAGUUCUGGAAACGUUUACAGUACGAAAUGCCUUUUAAGAGGAUAGAACCCAUUACACAUGAGCAGGCUUUAGAUGUCAGUGAGCAAGGGCCCUUUGGGGAGCUGCAGACUGUCUCAGCCAUUUCCAUGGCUGCGGCCACCUCCACAGCUCUAGCCACUGCCCAUCCAGAUCUCCGUUCUACCUUUCACAACACGUACCAUUCACAAAUGCGUCAGAAACACUACUACCGAAGCUAUGAGUACGAUGUACCUCCUACCGGCACCCUGCCUCUUACCUCCAUAGGAAAUCAGCAUACCUACUGUAACAUCCCUAUGACACUCAUCAACGGGCAGCGGCCACAGACAAAAACAAGCAGGGAGCAGAAUCCAGAUGAAGCCCACACAAACAGUGCCAUCCUGCCGCUGUUGCCAAGGGAGACCAGUAUAUCCAGUGUGAUUUGGUGACAGAAAAGCAAGGGACAUCCCGUCCCUGGGAGCUUGAGUAGAAUCUGCAGUCCAGUGCCUGGAACUAAAUCCUCGACUGCUGCUGUUAAAAAACAUGCAUUACAAUCUCUAGAACACGAGGAAAAACAGGGUCUUGUACAUAUGUUUUUUGGAAUUUCUUUGUAGCAUCAGUAUCUUCGUGUUUUACCAUGUCUUUUACCAUUACAUUUUUUGACUUUGUUUUGUAUGUCAUUGGAAUUUGUAAAUUUACAUUUUUUUUUAAAGAAGAGACUGAUGUGUAGAUAGAAAACCCUUUUUUUUUUUUUGCUUCAUUAGUUUAGUUUUAGAAUGGGUUUUUGUUUUAUUUCCUUUUUUAUAAAUUUUAUUUUGCUUUUAACAUUCCUUGGGGUGCUUGGACAAAUCUAUCCGAUGGGACAAGGAGCACCGGAUCCUUUCUCGGGUUCUGCCUAAAAUCAACUGGGCCACGUCGGCCUUCAGAGAACAGUGCAACAAAUGCCAGCAUUGCCAUUCGGGGAAAAAAACAGAUGAGAAGAACACGUGUUCACAGGAGGGCCCCACCAGUCAGAGCCCUGAAUCUCUUCCUUGUCCCACCUCAUUCCCACCUCUACCUUGCUAAUGGCGGCAUGAUGUGUAAACUCUGUGGAGGGGUGGGAGUGGGUCUAACUGUCUUAACAUUUAAGUCACUGCUCUUCAGAAUACACUCUAGACCCAAAAGUGUGCUAAUCACUUCACAGUGACCGCUACAGAGUGCUAAGAAGAGAAGAUCAAGGGCAUGAAAUUGGGGAAGAGUGUUAUUUUCGUUUUUUAAAUGAGUUGAUGUACCCUUAUAUAUAUAUAUAUAUAUAUAUAAAUAUAAAUAUAUAUAAAAACAACAAAACAAAA